AUGGUCCUAACUAAGCAGAGAUCACCUCGAAACCCGGAUGAUUUCCCGACUGUCCAGCUCUUCUUGCUAGCCAUCGUUCGUCUAGCGGAGCCCAUAGCUCUCACCUCCAUCUUCCCAUAUGCCUGGUCGCUCGUCAAGAGAUUCAAAGUCGGCAACGAACAAGAUGCCUCGUUCUACGCCGGCCUCCUCAUAUCCUCUUUCGCCCUGGCCGAGGCCCUGAUGGGCAUGUUCUGGGGUGGACUCUCGGAUAGGAUAGGGCGAAAGCCUGUCCUCAUAAUGGGUUGUCUCGGCACUAUGUUCAGUAUGAUCAUGGUUGGCUUUGCCACCAACAUCUGGAUAGCCUUGGCCGGUCGGGCCAUUGGAGGAUUUCUCAAUGGGAACAUUGGAGUCAUCCAAACCAUGGUCGCAGAACUGGUUACAAAGCCGGAGCAUGAGCCUCGUGCAUACUCUGUUAUGCCUUUCGUAUGGUCAAUUGGUACUAUCAUUGGGCCAGCAAUCGGCGGCAUGUUCGCGGAACCCCAUGAGUCUUUCCCCAACGUUUUCCCCGAAGGAAGCUUGUUUGCCAACUUCCCUUACCUUCUGCCCAAUCUCCUGUGUGCUGCUCUGUUGCUAGUCAGCAUUGUUCUGGGCUACUUCCUACUCGAGGAGACCCAUCCCGACAUGAACCCUCGUGUUAUGCUUCCCGAUGAUACCUACCAUUCGGAGGAGACUCCUCUUUUCGAAACCUCGGACGCCAUUAAGCAACCUCCUGUCGACUUGCGCUCGGAGACGUACGGAACAUUCAGAAACAGCAUCGACUUGGGCCCUGACACGGUACGUCCAAAGGAGCCCGCGAAGAACGAUUGCUUCAGUAUCUUCAACAAGCGCAUCAUGUCUCUGAUCAUUGCCUUGUCCAUCUUCACGUACCACUCGAUGACCUAUGAUCACCUGCUGCCAAUCUUCUUUGAAGAUGACAAGGCUACCAUGGGCUCUGUUUUGGGCGAGGGCCUGCUAUCAAGCUUCAACCCCUUUUACUCACCUGGUGGCUUGGGCCUCUCUAUGCAGUCGGUCGGUAUCAUCAUGGCUGUGAAUGGUGUGAUCGCACUGUUCGUUCAGGCUGUCAUCUUUCCCCUUGCAGCUGAGAAGAUUGGUGUGUACAGACUCUUCAUCGUUACUACCAUUCUUCACCCGGUAGCCUAUGUCAUCGUCCCCGCCUUGAUCCAUGUGCCUGACUCUUUGGUCUACCCGGGAAUCUACUUCUGCCUGACCAUCAGAAACAUACUGUCGAUUAUCCUGUAUCCCCUGCUUCUCAUUCUCAUCAAGGAAGCCACGCCCAGCUCGGCUGUCCUUGGCAAGGUGAAUGGAUUUGCAGCCAGCGCAGGUGCUGCCUGCCGCAUGAUUGCUCCUCCGGUCGCCGGCUACUUAUACUCGGUUGGUGCUCAAAUGGACUGCACCGCACUGGCGUGGUACGGCAGUGCCGUUGUGGCAAUGGUCGGAGCCUUUCAAUGUUUUUCCGUCAAGCGAGAUCGGCACGAGGGAAUUUCGGAGGAAUGCGGCGCUUCCAGGACCAAGGGAACAGGAUCUCAGGUUGCAAUUAUUGAAGUAGACGAGGAAUACGAGGCAGAAGACGAACAGGCAACGGCUUGA